AUGGUGUCUGCAAGCGGCUGUGCUAUCAUUUUGCUUGCGAGUUUUACAGUUUUACCUUCAAUGCUUUCUGCAAUACAAUGCGGCAGUGAGUAUCAUCCAUUUGAUUGCAACGAUAGAUGGAUGUGUAUUGCGAUGCGAGAAUCUCAAAUAAAACGAAUAAAGUUUAGUUUCCGAUGUGAUGUAUUAGGUAUGUGCUCUCAGGAAUGCACAGAGUUGUCAACACAUGACUGGUGCUUAAUACGGAAUUUGACCCAUGACAUUAAGUGCUGCAAGAAUGACUAUUGCAAUUGGGAGGAAGAACCACUUUUUGCUGCAACUAAAGGAGACUUUCACUUCCUUCCUGGUACGGAACUAGCAGCAAAAGUGAUCAUCCACGUUGUCAUUCUGAUUUUUAUCAUUUAUCCGAUUCUGACAGCAAUAAUUACUGAAUGCAAGCUUCGUAAAUACAGGAAAAUUGAGUAUAAUCCUGAAUUCAAUGCAAAUUUGCUACAGCCAGAAAACAUAGAAUUUCGAGAUCCUGUAGUGAAAACAGGUGAACCACUCGAUGGUUGUUUGAAUUUCGAUGAGUUUGCUGAAGUAAUGAAAGGAAUGGCAGAGUAUCGAGCAGAAGAUGACAAACCUGAAGUCACAUUACCUACGCAAUCGGUGAAUUACAUGGGAUGUGAAGUUCACGAAUCACUUGGCUUUGAUUAUGCUAUUAUUAUUCGUGUGGAACCAACGAAAUUCGAAAGUCUUCUAAUCCGCAUGAUUGAACAAGGACCAGGAUUUUUCAACAUUGAAGGAGCAGAACUAUAUGAACUUUUAUUAGAACUAAGUGAGAUCUUUCGCACAGAGAAUUCAUUGCUUGAAAUACCCGCUGAUGUUGUUGUGAUUGGCGAAAUUCGCGGUCGAUAUUCUGAUUUACUACGUUGGUUUCAAUUAUAUGGUUAUCCGCCAAGGCGUCGAUACCUUUUCCUUGGUGGUAUAAUCGAUCAAGAAUGUGCUGAAUCUAUUGAAACACUUGCUUUUCUUGCAGCAUAUAAAAUAACAACACCCCAUCAUGUAUUCAUAAUCCGUGGCGCAACAGAAUUUUUUCCAUUUCAUAUUCGAAAACGCUUUCCAGUUAAACUAAAUACCGUCUUAUCAGCUUUCAUUACAAGAAUUUGCUCUGAAAUGCCAAUAGCUGCAACAGUUGGAAAUAAAAUUUUAGCAGUGCAUUCAGGAAUCAGUUCCAAAUUAAAGAAUCUGAAUGCAAUAAAGAAUAUUGACAGACCACCUCUGAGUUGGAAAUGUAGGAUACCUUAUGAUUUAGCAUUUGGAGCACCGAGCAGUGGUAUAAAAAUGUAUCAGAAAAUCAAAGGAAGUCGAGGUCAUUUCUUUGGUGCAAAAGCUGUAGAAGAACUUAUAAAACAGUUGCAAGUUGAGUUAAUUAUACGUACUCAUACGCCAUAUCAAAAGGGUUAUUUUAUGUUUGCAUCCGGUCGUGUACUAAGCAUUUGGUCAGGUAACAGUCAUGACGUGAAACUUGCGACCACCAUAUACAUCGACUCAAAAUUACGUAUUAAAGUGCAUUCCAUAACGCCUGUUGAAGUGAGAACAGUAACAAAUUAA